GAUGACGCGCGCGCACUGCGCAAGUUACGCAGCUCUCCGUAGCGACGUAAACACGUGCACUUCGCUGCUUCCAGGUUACAUCUUUCUCAUUCCACCGUCAUCCUCGCCCCGUAGCAUCACUCCCUGACAACAGCAGCGAUGGCGGAGCCCGUAGCAUCGGAUGCGGCGGCAUCCCCGACCCCGGGCCUCUCUCUCCUGGCGAGCCCGGGCUCGGAGCCUCCGUCCACGGCUCUGUCUCCCACAGCGGACGGCUCGCAGCGGCUGCUCUUCUCCCACGACCUGGUCUCCGGCCGGUACCGCGGCUCAGUCCGGUUUGGCCUCGUGCGGAUGAUCCACGGCGAGGAGGAUUUUAACUCGGACUCGGACCUCGACGAUGGCGGCGGCGGUGGAGGAGGAGGUAGCGGCGGCGGAGGUGGAGGAGGGCGAGUCCAGUGCGGUUCGGACACCGAGAGCGCCGCGGACACCCCCAGUCGGCCCGUCAGUCGGGGGUUUGUGCGCGUCCAGUGGUACCCUGAAGGAGGAAAGCAGGACAUCAAGGAGACAAAGCUGAAACUUGAAGAUCGAUCCAUCGUCAUUAGAGACAUUGUGCGAAGAAAUAAUUCUAACGACAACCAGUGUGGUAUUGUGACCAACAUUGACAUUGAGUGUGCGGUGAAACUGGUGGGAACCAACUGUGUUCUGUACCCAGUCAACAGCAAAGACCUGCAGCACAUCUGGUCUUUUAUGUACGGCGACUACAUCGCCUACGACUUCUGGCUGGGGAAAGUGUACGACCUGACUAAUCACAUCAUCCUCAAGCUCUCCAACGGUGCCAGGUGCUCCAUGAGUGUGGAGGACGGCGCCAAGCUUUACGACGUUUGUCCACACGUCAGCGAUUCGGGUCUGUUCUUUGACGAGGCGUACGGUUUCUACCCAGGCCAGGUCCUGAUCGGUCCGGCCAAGGUCUUUACUAACGUCCAGUGGCUGUCGGGGGUCAAACCCGUCCUCAGCAGGAAGUGCAAAUUCAGGGUGGUGGUAGAGGAGGUGAAAGUGGUCGAACUGAAGGUGACAUGGAUCACAAAGAGCUUCUCUCCCAAAGGUUCAGACAGCGUGUAUCCUCCAGCCUCCACCAUCACACAGGAAAACCUCUGCAGGGUGAAGCGUCUAGGAUACUACGACCACACCCAGAGGCAGCUGGGGGAGAGGGCCCUGUAUAUUUUCCCUGCCAAGGGCGAUGCCACGCGCAUCACUUGCGAGGGGCCCGAGGGUGCCCCCGUCCUGCCUGAAGACCCUGUGGCCAGAAAGUUGAAAAGGAUGUUCAAGAAGGAUAUGGGGAAAAAGACGGAGAGCACCGACGUACAAGGAGACAACAGACCUGAGCAGACGGACUCGUCUCAUCCCAACAACAACGGCCCCGUCCAGAACCCCAGCGAGGCCUCUGCUGAACACGGGGAGCCGGACGCUGACGACGAGGCUGCAGACGACACUGACGAUACCAGCUCGCUGACGUCAUCGGCCAGCUCCACGGCCUCCUCUCAGAGCGGCGGUUUGGGAACCAACCGCAAGAAGAGCAUCCCGCUUUCCAUCCGCAAUCUGAAGAGGAAGCACAAGAAGAAGAGGACCAAGUUUUCCCGCGAGUUCAAGCCUGGAGACCGAGUCGCAGUGGAAGUCGUGUCGACAAAGACCACAGCGGAUGUCAUGUGGAAGGACGGGCGGGUGGAGAAGGGCAUCCGAUCAAACGACCUCAUCCCCAUCCAGCACCUUGAUAGCCAUGAGUUUUGUCCCGGGGACUUCGUAGUGGACAAACGCCCCCAAGCCCUCCAGGACCCGGGAGUGUACGGUGUAAUCCAGUCCGGAGACCACAAAGGAAGAACUUGUGUCGUCAAGUGGAUCAAACUCAACUCUGCCAGUGACGACGUUGAGGUUUUCGGUCUGGAGGAGGAUGUCAGCGUGUACGACAUCGCAGAUCACCCCGACUUCCACUUCCGCACCACAGACAUAGUCAUCAAAAUAUGGAACUCUGAGAACGGACACAAUGACUGUGAAAACGAGACGUCGGUCGGCCAGGUGUGCAGGGUGGAUGUGAGCAGCAAAGUGGAGGUGGUGUGGGCGGAUAACUCCAUGACCAUCGUCCUGCCACAGCACCUCUACAACGUGGAGUCGGAGAUCGAGGAGACCGACUACGACUCGGUGGAGGAGACGAGCAGCGUCCUGUCCACUGAGGAGUGGGAGGACGAGAGCGACAGCUGGGAGACGGACAACGGCCUCACCACAGAGGACGACAGCCACGUGCACAAUGCGGAUGAGACGGCGACCCUGACCUCAACCCCCACGGGCUCCACGCCGUUUAUCAUCCCAUCCCAAGAGGGCAGCAAAGCUGGGGUCACCAGCCCCACUAAAGGAGGCCCUGCAGAGGACGGAGAAGCCUCUCUGGCUGCGGCUAGCCCUGCUUCUGGAGGAGGAACCACUCCAGGAGCAGUCAAUGGUGCGGAGAAGCCCAGUAAAGACGGUGCCUCGCGGGGCUUCAAGGAGUUGAAAGAGGCACUGAAGAUCCUGGAGAGCCUGAAGAACAUGACCGUGGAGCAGCUGUGGACCGGCGGUUCUCCGACCUCCCCGACCUCCAUCGAACCCGCCUCUGCGACAAACGUGGCGAGCUCGGUGACGCCCGCCGCCCCAGAGAAACCGACAAAGGAGAAACGCUUCCUGGACGACAUCAAGAAGCUUCAGGAGAACUUGAGGAAGACGCUGGACAACGUGGCCAUCGUGGAGGAGGAAAAGAUGGAGGCUGUGGUGGAGGCAGGGGGCAGUGCAGGAGCAGGGACAGAGGGAGAGCGAGCUGGGGAGGAGAAGCACCCGCAGGCGCCGCAGACACCGGUUGGUGGGCAGGAGUGGCCCAGUGAGUUUCUUAGCGACACACCAGUACUUUGCCAACAGAGUGGGGGGAAGCCCGGCGUCACCUUCACCAGCGCGAAGGGAGAGGUGUUCUCUGUGCUGGAGUGGGCUCCAGACACACACUCUUUUAAGAAAAUGGAGUUCCAGCCAGCGGAGGCAAAGAAGUUCUUCAGCACAGUGAGGAAAGAAAUGGCUCUGCUCGCAACCUCCCUGCCGGACGGCAUCAUGGUCAAAACAUUUGAAGAUCGCAUGGACCUUUUCUCAGCUCAGAUCAAAGGGCCGACUCGUACGCCCUACGAGGACGGCCUCUUCCUGUUUGACAUCCAGCUGCCCAACAUCUACCCGUCCGUGCCGCCCCUGUUCCGCUACCUGUCGCAGUGCAGCGGCCGCCUCAAUCCCAACCUCUACGACAACGGCAAGGUCUGCGUCAGCCUGCUGGGCACCUGGAUCGGCAAGGGCACAGAGAGAUGGACCAGCAAGUCCAGUCUGCUGCAAGUCCUCAUCUCCAUUCAAGGCCUCAUCCUCGUCAACGAGCCGUACUACAACGAGGCGGGCUUCGACAGCGACCGCGGCCUACAGGAAGGCUACGAGAACAGCCGCUGCUAUAACGAGAUGGCCCUGAUCAAGAUGGUCCAGUCCAUGACGCUGCUCCUCCAGAACCCCGUGGAGGUCUUCAAGCAGGAGAUCCAGGAGCACUUUGCCUCCAGCGGCUGGCGGCUCGUCCACCGCCUGGACGCGUGGCUGGAGCUGAACGAGGGCGCCGAGCGCUGUCAGGCGGCGCACGCGUCCGCCCGGGCUCAUCCCUUGAGGGACCGGGCCUCAGCCGCGGCGCCUCUGGACGAGCAGGGGCUCGUGGCGGUGGCUCACAGCAGCCCCGGUAAGCCCGGGGAGGAGGGGGUCACAGGAGCGGGAGUUAGCAGUAUUAUGGAGGAGGAGCUGGAGGACUCAGGGCUGAGUCCCUCCACCACGGCGGUCUCUCAGCCCGAGCUGAGCCAGAACUCUGACUGCGACAGCACCCACGGGGAGCGCCUCAUGGGUGGCGAGAACAGAGGGGGCGGCGCCGGCGCAGCGGGCGGGUCUGUGGCGCGCGGCGGAGGGGCGGGCCCCGCGGGGGCCCAGCCGGUGGUGCGACCAAAGAAACGGAGAAAGAGCUACCGGAGUUUCCUCCCGGAGAGCGGGGGCUACCCAGACAUCGCCUUUCCGCUGUUCCCGCUGUCGAAGGGGUUUGUGAAGAGCGUCCGCGGCGUGCUGCUGCAGUACCGAGCCGCGCUGGCUGCCGCCCCAAUCCCCGAUCACGCAGAGGACAAUGUCUCUGCAGAUGAGUGGGAUGGAUAGAGUGGGUGGGGGUGGGUGGACCUCACUUGCGCUCCCCCAUUUGCACAAACGUACGGGAGCUACGUGGUCACAGGGGAAGCCCCCAUCUGUGCACGGACGCAGGAAACCGCACGGACAUUUUUACCGGAGACCAUCGCGGGCUCGCUCGCUCUGCCUCGGCAGGGCUUUGAUUUUGGGGGAGAUGGUGUGGAUGGGGAAAAAAAAAGGACUGAAUGAGAAGAAAAAUGAGUGCCGUGACCCCUCAUCCACCCAGCCUCCAGCAGCACCCACCAGACUGGCGGGUUGAUCUGCUGGAUGAAGCAACCUGCCGACUUGAUCCGCCUUGAUCCGAGGUCAAAGACGGCUGAACAAACUGCGACGCCCAGCUCUCGCAGCUGCGGCUGCCUGUAGCACUACUGAUGUGACCGCUAACCGUCGUGCACUACAACAAAACGAAUGGACAAUCUGGUCUGGGAGAAGCGGCGCCGUAUAAAUACAUCGACCAGGAGGAUUCUUCUUAACAUGGAAUUUGCUGGUCGUUCGCUUUCUGCCAAAAUGUUCUCUGUCAAACACAAAACAAAUUAUAUUCAAGUACUGAAUGUCAGUAAAACUGCCAAAACACAACAGCUUCACCACUUCAUCCGCCACGCUGCACUUGCUAGUAUUUUUCCUUUGCCAGUCACUCGCUCUGAACCACGCAGCCAGCACCGAGUGAAAACGUUUACAUAGGAGGUCGGACCGCCAGGUGGCUUCACGCUCAAGUUCCUUCACUCCCUCUAACAGUUCGCAAAGUCGUUCGAUCCACAAAAUGGAACUUGUGCUUUUGGUGUUUUCGUUCACUGAAGUGUAGGUUUCAGUGCAAAGCUUUACCCACAAUGCUCCGCUUCCCUGUGCCAGUAGAGCCUCGUAUCGCGUGUGAACGUCAGAAUUUAAAGGACGAAUAGAAGACCCCCCCCCCCCCCUCCCUCAUCUCAUUCCAUCAUCUCAUGUCAACGUGUUGCCUUACUUGACUUGUUCUUAAUCUCGGAUCAUUGUGUCUCGGGUCGCGCUUCACAUGUUAAGUUUUUUCUCCUCAAUAGUGCAGAUCUCUGAUCAGCUCUUAACGAGUGUAUUCAGAUUUAUUUUCCUCGCCAAGUUGCGUGGGAGAAAGAGGGGGGAAGUGGUAGUAUGUAUCACGUUGCACGGUAUCACGCAACAAGCUGUGAUACCGAAGGUUUGUUGAUACUAUAAAUUAUUAGCUUGAGUAUUUAUUUUGUUAUUCCGGGUUUCUUUCGCUUACAAAGACGUCUGCCGGACCCACCAAGUAGAGAAAAUCCCGCAUCUCUGUAAUCUGCUUCGUCUUUAUUCAUCCUGAAUGACCGAAAUAAAGGUUUUACUCACCAUGUUCCCAUGAAACUCAUGCUUUGUCACAGAUUGCGCUGCAAUUGAGCAAAAGAAAGUGAAACUCGUGCUUCCUUGGGAACUCAGAGCAGCCUUCAUUGAAAUCUUGUUUUAGCGGGUUUUUUUCUUUCCAAAUAUUACGUUUCUCGUGAUGAUGAUGAUGAUUCUAAUGCUUGCUAUAACCUGUGAAUCGAACAAGCUGUCUGGUAUUUUACUUGAACAAAGGACCUUGAUGCUGAGGAGUGUUGCUGAGUGAGUGAGCACCUUGUGCCAAUGUGAAGCUGAGUGACGGGAGGAGAUCAGAGCCAGGAGCCAAUAAAAGGUCAUGAAUGAGGGUAUUUUGUUUUGCUUUGUCUUCCACACCUCCCCUUCCCGCCCGCUGCUCUCGCUGCUGUUUGUAAAAUAUGUACCUUCACGACUGGUGGAGCGCUGUGCCUUCACGCCGCUGAAGACAGAGUUGUCGAGACGUCAAUCUCUUGAUGGUCGCAGAAAAGGAGAAGCGGUCUCCACGUAGAUCUCGUAACGAAAAUCUGGCAGGAUACCAAGCACACGAUGUACAAUUUUCUUUGCGUGUAAUUAUUAAAAUUGAAACCAUUGUUACUGCAAGAAGGGUUUUUGUUUUUUUCCUGCCAAAGCAUGUAAGCUGUUGCUUUAAGCCUUUUGACUGGGCCACACAAGACUUGACUGUAUGAUGUCUACGUUUCCACAGUGGCCUGUUAUUGAUAUACGUAAAAAAGGAAAACUAAUAAAGUUAUGAUUUGUAGCCUGAUUCCCUCUGUGCAGACCUCAUACCUAAUAUUAAAAUAUACAAGUACACGUUAUAUAUUUAACACAAGCCUGGGUUCUGAUAAGGCACAUGGAUGCUUGGGGACACAAAAUGCUGAGUAUUGUACUUUUGAUUUCCUUCUCUAAUGGUUUAAUUUGUUGCAUUAAGACAGCUGUAUAGUGAUGUAUUAAACUUUGCAAGCGGUAUCAUA